AUGGCUGAUCACGAAUCGAAAUUCAAUGGUCUUGUUAGACAAGUCGAACGUACUGCUCGAAUCGUGGAUUAUGAGGAAGGUCAAAAUACUGAUGAAUUUCUAGCCAGAUUACGUGCUAAUCAUGGCGGUGAACGUUAUCAAGUUACCAGAAUUGUGGAAGAAGCACUUAAUCGAGUUGGUCAGAAUGUUGGUUUUAUGAAUCGACCUCACUUUGUGUCUACUUUCCCUCAAACUGUUCAAAUGGCUGAAGUGCCAAGAGGAGUGAAAAAUCCAAAAAUAAUCACAAAGUUUGCUGGGGAAGUCAGAGAAUCGACCACUGAACAUGUCGCUCGAUAUUUGGUUGAGAUUGAAAAUUUAACCAAUGAUGAAAAUUCGAAAAUAAAGUUUUUUCCUUCUUCAUUAACGAAGAAUGCAUUUACUUGGUUUUCGAAUCUUAGACCAAAUUUGAUAACGACAUGGAAUCAGUUGGAAACUGCUUUUCACACUCAGUUCUAUCGAGGGAAAAUGAAUGUGUCAGUUACUGAUCUUGUGGCUUUGAAAUAUGAAGAUGGUGAAACCAUUGACGAUUAUAUGAUACGUUUCAAGAACGCUAGAAGUAGAUGCUAUGUUUCAUUACCUGAGAGCAAAGUGGUGAAAAUAGCAACGAUGGGGCUAGGAUUUUAUAUGCACCAAAAGUUGCUUAAUGUGCAUAUACCUGAUUUAGCCCAUCUGGCUGAAAAGAUUUUCGAUGUGUUGCUUAAAGAUAAACAAUUAGUUCUGCCUAAGGGUAGAACCUUACUUUCGGUAAAAGAUUUAAAAGGGAAACCUUAUUGCAAAUUUCACCAAGCAAUUAGUCAUUCGACUAAUAGUUGUGUUCAUUUCAGGGACUUAAUUCAGGAAGCUAUAAUGGAGGGACGGUUGAAGUUCGAUGAUGGAAAAAGGAGAUGA